CGGAAUCCUUCUCCGGCGGCCAGGGAAACGCCUGGAUCAUGGGCGUCGAGGAGCGGGAAGCACAGAGGCGGCGGGGCUGAGCCCCGCUGAGACCUCUGGGCCGGCCAUGGGCGACCGCGAGCGCAACAAGAAGCGGCUGCUGGAGCUGCUGCAGGCUGCGGGCACCGGCAACGGGCACUGCGCCGACUGCGGGGCAGCGGAUCCUGAUUGGGCCUCUUACAAGCUGGGGAUUUUCAUCUGUCUCCACUGCUCUGGCGUCCACCGCAACUUCCCAGACAUCAGCAAAGUUAAAUCCGUGAGACUGGACUUCUGGGACGACAGUAUGGUGGAGUUCAUGACUCACAAUGGGAACCUCAGUGUGAAAGCCAAGUUUGAAGCUAGAGUCCCAGCUUUCUACUAUGUCCCUCAGGCCAACGACUGCCUGGUCUUAAAGGAACAAUGGAUUCGAGCUAAGUAUGAAAGACAGGAGUUUAUGGCUGAUGAGAAGGCUGUCUCACUCCCAGGUAACCGAGAAGGGUUCCUGUGGAAGCGAGGACGGGACAAUGCACAGUUCCUGAGAAGAAGGUUUGUCCUUCUGUCGAGGGAAGGCCUCCUGAAGUACUACACCAAGGAGGAGGGUAAAGCCCCAAAGGCUGUCAUCAACAUCAAGGACUUAAAUGCCACCUUCCAGACAGAGAAGAUUGGACAUCCCCACGGGCUGCAGAUAACCUACAGGAAAGAGGGCCACACUAGGAACCUGUUUGUAUAUCACGACAGUGGAAAGGAGAUAGUGGAUUGGUUCAAUGCUCUCCGUGCUGCCCGCCUGCAAUACCUAAAAUUGGCCUUUCCUGAUCUCCCAGAGUCUGAGCUCGUGCCUCUCAUCACCAGGAACUACCUCAAACAAGGCUUCAUGGAGAAGACUGGUCCAAAGCAUAGAGAACCCUUCAAGAAAAGAUGGUUUGCCUUGGAUUCCCAGGAGCGGAGGCUGCUGUAUUAUAAGAACCCUCUGGAUGCUUUUGAGCAGGGCCAGGUUUUUCUGGGAAGCAAUGAGCAGGGAUAUGAGGUAUGGGAAGACCUGCCCAAGGGCAUCCGGGGGAACCGCUGGAAGGCUGGACUUACCGUCAUCACUCCAGAGCGGAAAUUCAUCUUCACCUGCCCCACUGAAAAGGAACAGCGAGAAUGGCUGGAGAGUCUGCGGGGUGUCCUGUCCAGUCCCUUGUCACCCCUCCACCUUCUCAGUGAGAAGCGGGGGAUGGGUGGGGGUUCUUUUGGGUGAGGGCAGAAAAGGGCUCCUUCACUGUGGUCCCAAGGGGCCUGACUCAGCUUUUUUGAGUUUCUCUCACUUCCUGCCACAGAAAAGCACACGCUGCACAUUUUUUUGCCAGAAAGUUCCUUCUCCACCAAGUUCCUCUAUGCAGCCAUCCUCAUGAACUUCAGGAGGAUUCUGGCCCUGGCAGAACUGGAGAGGCUGGCUGUACCCUCUGGGCCGAUUCUCCCAUACACACUCAUGUCCUUUUUCUCAUAAGAAAACACUGGCCUGGGAUCCUUAGUAGAGGUCACCCCGCUGGGAACCCAUUGGAAUUCUGGAUUCCUCUCCACCCAAAGGGAAGGCUAUUUUUAGUGUUCUCUUUUUCCUUGGCCCUCUCUUGUUUGUCUGUCUCCCUCCCCUGUUCCUCCUCUUCACCCCAGAUAUGUCACAAGAAGACUGUUCCCAUCUGUUGACAACCCUAUGAAAAGCUGAGUUAAGGAGAAAGCCCCUGGCCCAGGGCAGAGCUUCUAGGGCUUAAAGGAAAAGCUCUGUAUCUGGAAGAGUACAAACCAAACAGGUGACCCAGACAGCCCUGCGGGGGAGCCCUUGUGGCUCCCUCGAUUCACCAGUAUGAAUACAACUCUCUCAGCCUGGUGGUGUAGCUAGUCCAGGCCUUUAAUCUCAGUGUUGGGGCCAGAGGCAGGUAGAACUCUGUGUUCAAAACCAGCCUGGUCUACAUAGUUCCAGGAUAGCUGGAGCUACAUAACAAGACUGUUUCCAAAACCCAAACAAAACAAACAAAAAACCUAACCCACAACUGCCUUCACUAUCCAGUUCUCAAACCCAAGGACACAGAAGGCAGUUGACUGAGAGCCUCAGCAGCUACUCGCUGCCCUCUGUGGGCCUGAAUCCCUGAGUCUCUGCCCCUGCUUUCCUCUCUGUCUUUACCAACUUGUCUGUCUCUUGUCUAUCUCCUUUGGUCUUUUUUUUUUUUCUGUUUUAUUCUCAUUUAAAGAUUCUUUUUCCUCUGUAUUGUCCUGGCUCCCUCUCUCAGGCCACACUUGUCCCCUCCAUAUUCUGUUCUCCCAGCAGAACAGCACCAGCAUGGCUGCCUUCCCCAGCCCCCAUGUUUCCCUUGCAGCCACAUCAGCAGAGACUGGCUGUGGUCUGCGGUGACCCAUUUCGGAGGAUCUGGCUGGCUACUGAGCACCUGAAGUCCUGGAGAAGUGUUCACCUCAGCUCUGGUUGUCCAGAAGGAAGUCCUGAGGCCAGCAGCUGCCCUGUCAGUGAACUCUGUCAAGACUCAGGGUGUGGUUGAUCCUCCGGCUCCCUGGGCUCCUUCCAGCAAACACUUCCCAGUCACGAGGAGCUGGUACAGAGAAUUCAGCUCUCCAAGCUUAGAAGUCCUAAAGGUUUGGUUCUUCAUAACUGUACUGAGAGCUGGCCUUGGUGAUGCAUGCCUGUCGAGAGGCAGGAUUGCCAUGAGCCCAGUGACAACCUGGACUAUACGAGGAGUUCAAGUCCAGCCUGAGUUACAUAUCAAGACCUUGUCUUAAAAGCAAGCAAACAGACAAACAGACAAACAAACAAACCAAAACCCAAAACAGAUAAAACAGCAGAGACUGACAUAUCCGGAACAGUCACAGCCAGGGCUGGUUACACUGAGAAACACUGUCUAGAAAAACUAAAAACAAAAAAACAGAAACAAAAGCAAGCAAGCAAGCAAACAAUGAUAGAAACUACAGAUAGGGGUAGAUGUUGCAAUAAAAAAGGUGUGCACAACAUCCAGAUCGUGCAAAUGGAAAACAUUUAAAGUUAAUCUAAACCUAACUAUGAAGAAAUACUCAGAUGUUCAUUUAUUACUUACAUGUGGCUAUACAACCAGCCUGGACUCUUCAAAUGACACGGUUAUAAAAGGUGAAAUUGGU